CAUGGACUGUUUUUAUUUAUUUCUUUGUUUCAUGUGCAUAAAACAACAACAGUGGCGGAUAAAUGAAGGAAUAAGGAACAUGAGGAUGAGCGAAUGACUUCCCGCGCGGCAGCCACCACAGCGAUAUCACGAGCGAACCAACGCGGGGAGGAUGAAGCGGCGCAAUGCGGACUGCAGCAAACUCCGACGGCCGUUAAAACGGAACCGAAUCACGGAGGGUAUAUAUAGCAGCACGUUCCUGUACCUGAAGUUCCUCGUCGUGUGGGUUUUAGUUCUGCUGGCCGACUUUGUGCUGGAGUUUAGGUUCGAGUACCUGUGGCCCUUCUGGCUUUUCAUACGAAGUGUCUACGACUCCUUCAGAUAUCAGGGACUGGCGUUCUCUGUCUUCUUCGUAUGUGUGGCGUUCACGUCGGACAUCAUCUGCCUCCUCUUCAUCCCCGUCCAGUGGCUGUUUUUCGCCGCCAGCACCUACGUAUGGGUGCAGUAUGUCUGGCACACAGAGAGAGGAGUCUGUCUACCCACUGUCUCACUGUGGAUCCUGUUUGUGUACAUCGAAGCCGCCAUACGCUUCAAAGAUCUGAAGAACUUUCACGUGGACCUGUGUCGACCAUUUGCCGCUCAUUGUAUCGGCUAUCCAGUGGUGACUCUGGGCUUCGGCUUUAAGAGCUACGUCAGCUACAAGAUGCGGCUGAGGAAACAGAAGGAAGUUCAGAAGGAGAACGAGUUCUACAUGCAGCUUCUACAGCAGGCCUUACCGCCCGAGCAACAGAUGCUGCAGAGACAAGAGAGGGAGGCAGAGGAGGCUGCUUUAGCUAAAGGGAUCUCGGAGGUGGAACCUUCGGUAAUAUCCCAAAAUGGAGCACCGCCCGGAAAGAAGAGCACCUCAAUUCCAUUACCAGAACUGGAGUACCGGGAAAAAGGGAAGGACAGUACCGCGAAAGAGCGCGAGGGCAAAAAACAGAACACAAUAGGAAUCAAUAACAACAACAGUAUUAUGCACACACUGGACUCCAAACUACAGGAGACAGAGUACAUUGAGAACUACGUUGGGGCAAAGAGACUCAACAACGAGCUGGCCGGAGAAAACACGCACGCCGACGCCAACACACACACCACUCCGAAGGAGGAGGUGGGGGGCACGGGGAAGAACUAUAAAAAUGCCAGCGCAGGCGGAGGCAGCAUUUCUAAUUCGUCUCCGCGGAAUCACAGCUCUUCAAACGGCAGCGUGCCGCCCGGCUCGUCGACCGGUAAGAACGAGAAGAAGCAGAAAGGGGCGGGGAAAGGCCAGAAGGAUCCGCUGGAGAACUGCAUUCCUAACAAUCAGCUGGGCAAACCAGACGCUCUCAUACGGCUGGAGCAGGACGUGAAGCGACUGAAGGCGGACCUUCAGGCCAACAGGCAGCUGGAGUCAGAGCUGCGGAGUCAGCUGUCCUCUCUGAGCAGCCAGGACCGAAGCCUUCGCUCUGAACUGGGCCAGCUCCGCCAGGACAACGAGCUGCUGCAGAACAAGCUCCACAGUGCUGUCCAGGCCAAGCAGAAGGACAAACAGACCAUCUCCCAGCUGGAGAAGAGGCUAAAGGCGGAGCAGGAGGCUCGGGCUCUGGCUGAGAAACAGCUGGCCGAGGAGAGGAAGAGGAAGAAGAUAGAGGAGGCCACCGCCGCCAGAGCUGUUGCGUUAGCUGCUGCCACCAGAGUGGAGUCAAAUGACUCACUUCGUGUGCGUAUAAGGGAGCUGGAGACCGAGUGUAAGAAGCUCAGCAUGGACAUGAAACUGAAGGAGGAGCAGAUUAGGGAUCUGGAGGGCAAGUGUCAGGAGCUGCGGAAAUACAAGGAGAAUGAGAAGGACACAGAGGUGUUGAUGUCGGCACUCUCGGCCAUGCAGGAGAAGACCCAGCACCUGGAGAACAGCCUCAGUGCUGAGACCAGGAUCAAACUGGACCUCUUCUCCGCUCUGGGUGACGCCAAGAGGCAGCUGGAGAUCGCACAAGGCCAGAUCCAUCAGAGGGAGCAGGAGAUCGCAGAGCUGAAGCAGAAGAUAGCUGAGGUGAUGGCAGUGAUGCCGAGCCUGUCGUACUCAUCAGACGGCAGCAACCUCAGCGGCGUCACCCCCCACUACUCUUCCAAGUUCAUGGACAAUAGUCCCUCGUCCCUGGACCCCAACGCCUCAGUCUACCAGCCCCUGAAAAAGUGACUCUGACGUCCACACGUUCUCCUGCUUUGUUUUAGUGACUUUCUCAUUUCUGGCUUAUUUCUGUUUCGGUUUACCAGCCCCCUGACAGGUUUUGCACUCACACACACACACACACGCACGUGCACACACAGCCCCUCUUUACAAACAUGUACUUGGUUUAUUUUGUUUGGUUCUAUUAUGAGAACUAUUAUUUUGAAGGGGUUUUUGUUGUCGUUGCUGUUGACUUCUUGGAUUUAGCCAUUAGACGAUAGAAUCUGUUUAAAGGGGGCGCGAAAAGGGAAACAAAUGUUUACUUCAGAGCCAUCAUGCUUCACUUCAUGUCAGUCCUGAUUUGCUGUACAGAAUAAAAAAAACCCCGCAGCCAUAUUUUGUUCAAUAAUUAACUGACAAACAAUCGGCGUUCAUGAUGGUUUAUAUUAAGGCAGAGGUGUGUUCUCAGUUCAGACGUGUUAAGUUAAGCCCUGUAAGAGAUACAUGAAUGUAAAACUAUUCAUGUUUUGAUAUCAUUGGUAGUUUUUUUUUUUGUAAUGUUUCUCUUCAGUUGCAAUGUACACUUCUUUAUAAAAUAGUGGUAUUGAACUGGUAAGCGUUUGCUGUUCUCCUCAGAUAAUUCCAGUACCAUUUCUUUUGUUUCCUUCAAUGCUGGAAUAUAGUGGAUUCUCCAGGAUUAUCAGUCAGUGGAUGAAGCAGAUUCAGUUCUGUUCGAUUUGGCCUGGCACUGCCAAAAACAUUACCGCUCACCCAUUUGCUGCAGACACCUUUUUCCUCUCCCUCUGGACCAAAUUAGAACCCAUUAGAUCAUAACGUCCACAGGAUUUGAUGAUGUCGAGGUGACCGGUCGUUACCGUUAUUCGCAGAUUUUUACAGUGCCUUUUGCAGUUUCUCUUUUUUCUGACACGGAACCACAUACUUUGCAAUCCUGGGAUCUAAAAGCAUUAAAAAAAACAACAAGAUUUUCUCACGUUGGAUCAUUUUAAAUUCAGUAUUUAAAAGUCAAACCUCAGAGACGUGCAGUCGUUGUGAGCUAACUGGUCUUAGUAUUGAGGACGUAAAGGGACAAAGACAAUUCUGGACAUGGUACAUGUCAUUUCAUAGCGACACAGUCUUGGUAAAGCCAGACACCAGCCAAAUUGAUUGUCUCUUCUCAUGCCCUAGUUUUGGCAUUUAGUUGUUUACAACAAUGUACAUUUAAAAAAAAAAAUACUGAGGAAUGUUUUCUUUGUUUAUAUCAUUUCAGUUCUUAAGUGCCAAGUGUUGAUGUUUGGGUUUUCAUCCAUACUUUGAUCGAUGUAGCUAGCAUAAUGUUUGCAGAAAGAGUGCCGUCGUUUUUUAGUUUUUGUCGUUGUUGUCAUUAGAACAUAUUCGGACGGUGUUGUGUUUACAAGGUUCGGGGCAGGUGGUCAGUGAGACUGAUUUAUUUAUUUGUUACAGGCCGACUUUGAUACCCUCCCCCACACACGCACCAUCAUGUUCAGUUGGUUUCCUCACCUUUUUCUACCAGGGAAGGAUUCGGUGAAUGUGUUGUUUUUGGGAAAAGGUCACUUAACCCCUGAACCAUUUGAUCAUGUCGUGCUGUCAUGUUGCCUACCUGGAGAAAAAAAAAGAGAAAAAAGUAUUUUUGUGUGGCUCUCUGGUUUUGUGAAUUCAGUUCUCAAGUUGCUUUUACGAGUUUGUGUAGAAGGAAGAGAAGGUUUGGAAAAAAAUAAGUGCUUUGUUUUAUCUUGUCAUUGUUUUACCAUGUUUAUUUUUUCUCAAAGUGAUGGUGGCUGUGUCACACUUUUUACUUUGACCAUCACCAUUAAAGAAGGUUUUGCUGGUGGCAAUGCCAA